GGGUUUGAUUUUGUUUUUCUGUUCACAUGCAUUCUGUGCACAUGAUUUCAGGAGAAGAAGUCCUCAAUUAAAUUUUUGGGAUUAUCUGUCAUCAGCUGACCGUUAUGAAUUAAGUUUUUGUAAUUUUUUGGCCUAGGGGUCACGACCAUACUCUAAGUUGCCAGAAAGGGGAAAAGAUUUGGUGUGAGUUUUAGGUGUUUAUCUUUAUCUUGUCGUUUGGCGAUAAUGUAGCGCAUAAUAAAAAUUGCACAUCAACACAAAGAUAUGGGAGAUGAAAGAAAAUUAAUUGAUCUCAAAGAAAAUUUUCUUAAAUCUUUGGAAAUUCAAUCUGAACAUGACUGCCUUGAUGCAAGAUUGAAAGCUUUUCGAUGUCUGAAAAAUUCCUGGUUUCGAAGCUGUUUUAAAGAACAACAAGAAUUUUAUUCUUGUGUCAAGGAAAGACUUUCAGAACUUAAAAAAGAAAAUAAGAAUUUAUUGGACUUUCAAAUAUAAUUUGAAAAAAUAAGUAUAUAAAGUUUGGAUUGUCACUAUUUUUUUGUCAAUAUAUUAUAAUGGUUCUGUCAACAAUCUUAGCAAGACAUUCCCAGCUUUUUUUGUUACGAACUAUAAGAAAAUGCAGUAUCCAAGCUUGUCUCACAUCUUUGGAAGACAAAAUUAAUUCCUGUGCCAGUAUCAACAUUAAUAAAAGUAUAAGUAAAUUGGAAAACAUUCACCCAAAUUGGCUGCACAAACAAGAAGGGCAAAAGAAAUUAUCAUCUGUUUUGUAUAGCCUGUCUAAGAAAAAAUACUAUAAAGAACUACAUGCAUUUGUAAAUUAUCUGGAAUUAUCUAAUUAUAAUAUGUGGAGUGGUAUGUCAACCAUAAUAUUAAAUGCAUACAUUGAUCAGAAGCUGUGGAAAGAUGCUACAAUUCUAUUUGAGGCUAUGAAGGAGCGUGAUCAAAUUAAACAUUUCAGAACAUACAAGAGGCUUAUCACUACGCUAGCACAGGACAAUCAACUAGCAAUCUCUUUCAAAUAUUUUUCUGAAUUUUUUGAAGCAGAGAUUAAGUUAAAAACAAGUAGACUUGAUAAGCCAGACUUUACAAUUUUAUCUGACAUAAUGCAGUCAAUUUUGCAAUGUGAGACAACAGAAAUUAAUGCAGGCAUUAUUAGGCAGUAUGCUGGUAAGAUUAUUGAGUAUAUAGACCAUUGGGGACUUCUUCCUCCUGUGGAUUUAGUUGAAUUAAUGGGACAAUGGUAUAAUUCUCAAAAGGAUUUUAAAGUUACAAAGGCAUCGUUCCAAGAAAGUAAAUGCCAAAAUUGCAAUGAAGAUUUGUCUCCAUUGCUGUCGUUUAAAAGCUUGUGUAGGAGCCUGGUAUCGAAUUUUCAAAAAGAAAUGACAUCAAGCGGGAGGCAAAUGGAAUUGAAAGUCCUAGAUGAUUUGUUUGUGAAGAGAGAACCAAUUGAUGUUAUUGUGGAUGCUGCUAAUAUUUUAUUCCACGGUAGUUUAAAAAAUGAGAAGGAGAUAAAUCCAACAGCACUGAAGGAGGUCUUGUUGAAUCUGAACAAAUUUACAAAGAAAUCUUUUUUCAGAGUAGCAGUUGUGUUUCCCCAGUCUUUAUCAAAGCCUGAAAAAUUGCAACAGUUUGAUUUUGUUGAUAAGAUAGCGCGCCAAAAUAUGUUUAAUUUCAAUUUAAACGUCGUGGCAUUACGAAGGACCAAUGAUGACAUUGUAAUGUUUUAUUUGACCGCGAAAAGCGAGUUGAUGUCGAAACAUACGUAUCCAAUGAUUCUCUCUCAGGAUAACUUUUACAACCAUCGAUUUAUUUUGCAUAGUUCUGAAGAACAACGCUUAUUUUUAAAAUGGUUAGGACACAGAAAAAAAUCAUAUGAUGGAAAUGCUGUUUCGGUACACCACAACCUUCAACCUAUCGUACGCAGCAAAGAUGGUGAUCUACAUAUAAUUGACUCAAAGAAGAAUGUGAUGUGUAUUCGUCAAUUGUAGUUCUUACAUGUUUCCUGGAAAGCUAUCAAAUAACGUAAUAUUGUUUUAUCCCUAAAUUUUUCAAUCACAUCCUUCAGUGUAGAGUGUUAAAAAUACCUCUCUGCACCAUAUUAUAUAACAUAUCAUUUAUAACUUGACAGAGUUGCACACUUAUUUUGUAAAACCAUUUAUUUUCAUAAGAUUAGCUUGCUCUUGUGUAAUCCUAAUCUAAUACUUUACUAUAUAUUUCUUUUUCUUUUUUUUGUCUCUAAUUUAAAAUUGAUAAAGAUAAAACUAAUCCCCGCAAAUCGUUAGAAAAUUCAUCCGCGAAAAAUGUUUAGUCGCAAAAUCAUAUAUCUGCGUGAAAUUUUUGACGAAUAAGAAAAUAUUUUGUACUUAGGUGAUAAUAAGAAAAAUCUUAAAACGGUUCUUCGCGAAAAGAAAAAUGUUCUCGAAAUGUAUGAACAUGACGUGCUAAAAAAAAAUAAUUUUCGACAAACGCAAUUUAUAGACUUAAUUAAUCAACUUUAAGGUACAAUUAUUUCCUAUUGUUCCGUAUACGAACUUCCUGUUUAAAAAGGAAGAAUGGUAAACUAAAAAUUUAGGAAGAAAUUUUGACAUAAUUGAUUUGUAUAAAAAUGUAUUUAUUAACUUAAAAUGUGUAAGCUUUUUGGAUAACCCAUCGUUAGUGCUAUGUACAAGAAAUUUUAGUAAAAAAAGUUUAAAAAACAAAUAA